CAUGGUGGAGGAUCAGCUGAGAGGAGGCAGAUUAGAAGGGAUUGUUACAUUACUGAUAAGAGAGUACUGAGAAAGUUAACAUGGAAUACACACUAACACUUACUUAUCAAGGGUUCUUUUUAACUCUUGAAGAUUAUAAACUAAUUCUCUCAGUAUUGGUAACUUCUACUGAACUGAAAGUUUUAUUUCAGGUUAAAUUAAAAGGAUAUACAAAAGACUUUGGCAACCCUACAAUCAGCUGAUGUGACAGAGUGGCUGCUGUCUACCUCGUUUCUAUGACCCUGUGAGUGCCUGUGGACGUAAAAGAAUUAGUGGAAAAGGAGUAAAACGUGGAGAACAAAGUCUGGCCAUCAGCUUAAGCCCUCAUCACCCCCUCGUCAAGCUUUCUGAGGGGCACAAGAGGGACAUUAGUAAGGGGUGUGCACCGGUUGCCUCCUCCACUAUGUUUGCUCCCCGCCUGUUAACUAGGAGGUCCUGGCCAGUGCUGGCCAACAGACUGUUCUCACAGACUCCUGCCAGACCCUCCCUCCUCCAGGUGUCUCAGGAGAAUGGUGUCCGCAGCAUUACUUUGGCUAAUCCCAAAACAAGAAAUGCCCUCUCUCUACAAAUGUUGAAGGAGCUGCAGGAGGCUGUGAGCCGAGAAGAUCCAUCACUCCGCUGCAUCACAAUAGAAGCACAAGGAAAGGUUUUCUCUGCUGGACACAACCUAAAAGAACUUACUGAUAAAGAAGGAAGAUCAUACCACCUGAAGGUGUUUGAGGAGUGCACGCACCUGAUGCUGGGCCUGCAACGCCUGCCUGUGCCGGUAGUGGCCAAAGUUAAUGGCGUGGCAGCUGCCGCUGGCUGCCAGCUGGUUGCUUCCUGUGAUAUUGUUAUUGCCAGUGAAACAUCAUCCUUCUCAACACCUGGGGCAAGUGUGGGUAUAUUUUGCUCCACUCCCGGUAUUCCCCUUGUGAGGUGUGUUCCAAGAAAAGUUUCUGCUCACAUGCUGCUCACAGGACUCCCCAUCACGGCACAGGAAGCCCAACGAGCUGGCUUGGUAUCAAAGAUCGUUCCUGAAGAGGAGCUAGAUGCAGAAGUUCAAAAAGUUGUUGAUGCUGUGCUCCACAAGAGUAAAUCUGUCAUUGCCCUUGGAAAGAAGUUUAUGUACAGACAGAUGGAAAUGGGAAUAGAGGAGGCAUACAGAGAAGGGGGAGAGCUGAUGGUGCAAAACAUCAACAUGAAGGAUGGACAAGAAGGAAUCAGCAGUUUUAUAGGAAAGCGAACUCCAAGCUGGACUCACUUGGAUGAUUGAAGUAAUAUUUUAGGCAGGAUACCUCAGAAUAUAACAACAGUUUCAGGGAGACUUCAUAGUUGCAGAGUAAGUUAGUAGCUUUUUUAGAUCUUGCCAAAAUGCAUUACUUUGUGUAGUUAACCAUCAGUAUUUUACACUAUUUCUUUAAUGGUAAAUAUGAUAAUCUCAAGCCUGGCAUUCCAUUCCUCACUUGUGUAAUUUACAGUGAUCAGAGAAUCUUAUAUUACCAACUUACUUUUAUCAAUCAUCUGGUCAGUAGUGCUACUCGGUCCUUAAAUUAUUUUCGCCUAUGUAUCUUCACAUACACUUGUGGGUAUGUAAAUCUGAAAAGUGAAUAAUUCUAUAUUUCUUUAUAAUCCUUCAUUUGUGUUUGUUUUCUUGUGGACAGUGAUGAGUAGUCUUUUUCCAGCCACCUGGCACUAGUUUCUUAUAUUAAUCUGAUUCACAUACCAGAUGCAUUUUCUUAACUACAGGUUUUUAAUUUUCAUUUUAACAAAUUUAGUUGAUAAAUUUAUAGUUCAUUUAUUGAUUUUCUUAAUAUUGCUCCAGACUGUGCACCUCAAACCACAGCAUAUUAACCCAGCAGCGGCGGUGGACCCAUUUUUGGGCUCCAGUGAGUCGGUCCGCUGAAACAGCGGACCCAGUUUUGGGCUCGGCUCAAAACGCCUAAUUCGAGCUUAUUGUAGGCGGUGGUGGCAUGGAGCAACCCACCAUGCAUGAACUGGGUCAUUGUGGUGGGUGAUUGAUCUUGAGGUGGGCUUAUUUGUCAUAGGUGGUGCUGUAAGGUCAUGGCAGACUGAAUUAGCUAAAUUAGCUAUCCAUACAGUAAUCACUUGUCAAAUUCUCUAAAGUAAACAAGCGACGCUCGCCUAGAUGCCACGUCUCACGAGACUGUUUAUUUUGUAACAACCACCACCCAAAAAGAAUGGAGUAUAAGUAAAUAUUUUUAACGGCUUUAUGGUUACGAUAGGAGUACUCUGAUAUACGUUCCAUGCUCUUUUCUUAGCCUCAAAAUGCAGUGUAAUGUUGCCGUUUCUCGGCCACUUCUCAGCUUUCCCAUAGCCGAAGCCCACGGGUUAAAAGAACAGCCUGUAAGCAUCACGAAUGAAAAGAAAAGUAGAAUUCUUAAAUAAAUUUAACUCCAGAGGAAUUGGGAACAUACAUAUAUUUUGUCAUUUAACAUAAAUAUCUACAGCUUCUGAAGACUGCCCAGAAGAUUAUGUACACAAACUUUCCCAGUGGUAGCCCUAGAUGUUGUCAUAGUAAUUACAACACCCUGUUUCCCUUGUCAGCAGGGCAGGGGAUGUCACAAAAAUUAGUUACUUUAAAUGACAUGGUACAGGUUCAAUAUAUUACAUGUUCAGUUCUCAUUAGUUUUUAAGGAUACUUUUUCAUUCGAUUAACACAACCUGAAAGUAACAUUCAUUUCUACCAGACAUUUUAUGAAUUUGUGGAAAACAACUAGUGAAGAAAUAGUGUGUCGAUGUCCUAUAGCUGGUCCAGGUAGGGGAUAUUGGCCACACUCCCCAGUGCACUCAUACUCAACUUUCCACUGGAGACUUUCUUCAGAGCCUGCAAAAUAAAAGGAAAAUGGUUCAA